AUGGAGGAAAACAGGGAAAAUGAACAAAGAAGGCGUACGUUGGAAGAUUAUGCUUCAGUGACGGUACCUACAUCUUUCAACAGUAUAGCCAAACCUGUGAUAAUUGCGGCUAACAUGGAAAUGAAGCCAGCAUUGAUACAUCUUGUUCAAAGUAAUCAGUUUUCAGGAUUGUCACACGAAAAUCCCUACGAUCAUCUGGCAACUUUUAAUGAAUAUUGCAACACUGUGAAAAUGUUGAAUGUGUCAGAGGAGGCAAUCAGACUUAGUCUUUUUCCAUUUUCCUUGGCAGGCAAUGCCAAGAAAUGGUUAAAUUCUUUUCCUGAGAGAAGUCUGACAGGUUGGGAUGACGUUGUGUCAAAGUUUUUGCAGAAGUAUUUCCCUCAAUCAAAAAUAAACAAAGGCAAGCAAGAGAUAUCCUCUUUCCAACAGGAACCUGAAGAGACUUUGAGUCAGACAUGGGAUAGGUUUAAGGGAUUGUUAAGAAAGACUCCCAUACAUGGAUUUGAUGUCCCCACUCAAUUGAACCUGUUUUUAGGAGGUUUAAAAUCUCACACAAAAUUGAUGCUAGAUGCCUCAACAGGAGGUAACAUUAGGUGGAAGACACCUGAUGAAGCUCAUGAAAUUAUUGAAAAUAUGGCAUCAAGCGACAAUGAUGUUCAGGGUGAGAGAGGACAAAAUCAAAAGAAGGGAAUGUUUGAGUUGCAAUCCCAAGAUGCCUUAUUAGCCCAAAAUAAAAUUAUGACUCAACAGCUUGAGUCUCUGAUGAAAAAGGUAUCACAAUUACAGAUUCAAAAUGUAUCACAGGCACAACAUACUGUGCAAGGGUGUGAACUGUGUGGUGGAGAGCACCAAAAUGGACAGUGUGCUAUUCUUACCAAUGCUAAGGAAGAGGUCAAUUACAUGGGAAAUCAAGGCCGUUCUGGUAAUUAUGGAAAUUAUAAUCAAGGAUGGAGACCUCAUCCUAGCAUGGGUCAGGCUAGUUCUAGUAGACCACCACAACAACAGUUUCAACAACAACCUACUCUUUCUGAUAGGACAUCCAAGCUUGAAGAAACUUUGCAACAAUUUAUGCAAGUAUCCAUCUCCAACCAUAAAAGCACUGAAGCUUCUAUUAGAAACUUGGAGACACAAGUGAGUCAACUUGCAAAGAAGCUGGAUGAGACAUCUGAAAAGAAAUUUGUGGCUAAGAAUGAAAUUCACUCCAGGGAGGAAUGUAAUGUCAUAAUAACCAGAAGUGGAAAAGAAGUGGGGUUUGAUUCCAAGGAGAAGCCGACAAAUAAAGAGAUUCAAGUACACAAAGAGGAGGAUCAAAAGAAGGUGAUUGAAGAAGAAGAAAGUAGAAACAGGAAGGAAGAUGGAAGACAAAAAGAGAAAGUGUUGGUGAAGUAA